GGGAAAGUAAACAUCUUUUUUUAUUUAUUUAGAUAAUACAUUUGUUAUCUAAAAAUAAAUACUGUUUAAAAAUAACUAUUUUUCCAACUUUGAACUACACUUUCUUGAAGCUCGAAUUAAGAGGUAUAUUUGGAUAUUUUCAUCAAAGUAUAUGGGACUUCCUACAAAUAUUCCUGUAUGAUUUUUAUUUCUAUUCUAUCCAUUAUUUGGUUACGCAAAGAAAGUUGGUCAUCCAUCAUUUGAUAGACGAUUGCGUAGGUAUUCUCAAAUUUAAACAUUCCAAAUGGUUUAGAGUCUAAGCGAGACUGACCUGUGUGAUCCGUCGAGAGAGAUAAAGUAUAUCAUAUGACUUCAACCGCACGUGAUUUUUAUUUAUUGUUUUCACUCUGACUUGGUAUGAGGCAAAACUCGUGCCGCCUUGGCUACUCAUGAAUGUGACUAGUGGAACGUAUAUGCUAUGGCUUUAUUUAAUAAACUAUUUCCAAGGGAUAAAGCUACACAAUCAAAAACUCACGAAGAUAAUGUCAGCCACAAAAGUCCCACAUUCAGUACAGACCAAAUACGCAUUGUUCUAUUUAGAGAAUGCGAUUUUCGUGGUAGGAAACUACUGUUUGACUCCAACGCUACUGAAAAAAUUCCAGUGGACAAGGCGAACCAAGAUAAAACCUUUGUCGAAGUUACCAAUGGAUUCGGAUAUCUUAUCUCCAAUCAAAAAUCCGAUUAUCAUCAACUCUCAGAGAUGAUAUUUGGAUCGGUAGCAAUGAGCUUCCAGGGUAGUUAUUUUAAAAUACAUCAUUUAAGUGACCCUUCCAGACUAAUGUUUACACAUGUUUUUCAAAGUCCUCACACUCGAAAACAGAGAAUGUCCACUUCAAGCCAACCUUCUCGUCUGUCAGUACCAAGCAGCUUUGAACAUUCCAUUAGACUAGACGAUUCUGGUACGAGCAGCACUUUCUCUACAAGCGAACAGCUUUCAGAUAGAAGUACAGCCUCAGAUACAAUUCUAGUAUGUAGAAGAUUACAAAGUAGCCCGUUGGAUGUCCCUAGACGACUAGUAUCCAGUAUUUCCAAAAACAGUUUAGUGGUCGAUUCUGGUUGCGCAGAUCAUUCAUUUUCCAGUGUCAGUACCGGACCCAUAAAUUUUUCAACGUGGGAAUCAGUGUUUUCCUCUCUUGAUUCUCCCGGACGGUCAUUUUCGUCGUGUUACGCAUUUAAGAAGUUGCUGAGAAAUUCGACCAGAUCUUUAAAGCAGAGUUCGACGUCUUUGCCGAGUUCAUCAGAGGAAGUGUUGCGUAAGAGCCACCAAAGAGUUAGCAAAUUAGGAUUGAGUAUAGUUGUAGACACACCAGCUGAAAAUAAAGACUUUUUGACUUUGUUCUUUAUGGAACACAUAGCUCUUCUCGACGCCAUCGUUUGGAGGACUCGCCAAUCCAUCGAAUUGGCCUACCACCGACCAAACAUUUUCAUAUCUUCAAUGGUGAACAUAGCUCAAACUACCGCUUGGGGUCUGGUUAACUUGUUGAACGCUCCCCGCAUCCUUAUCAAUCUGUGGCACUGUUUAUCCACGGAUUGUGAUAACCGAACCAGUAUUAACGCGUCAGUGCCGAAGUUUAAUUGUCAGAACUUUAUUUCUUGUCGGAACGAGAAAACUGUCGCGAAUGUGGCGCCGUGGAGUGAGAAUAAGACGAACUUUAACGGAUAUUCGAAGUUGAUAAGAACUGACGUUUUUAAUUUUAAUUUGACGAACUUUCUCAGGACUGACUCGGAAAAAAACGGCAAACGUAGCUUAGAUGGAGACUGUUUCAUUGGGGAAAAGUUUCUAAAGGAGUUUUGCGAGUUAAUAGAAGUUUAUGAUGUAAAGAAUACGAAUUUCUUUAUAAGUACGUUACUAACGGCGGUUCUCACUCAUCAUUUGGGAUGGGUUACAACGGUUUGCUCGUCCGAUGAUGGUACCAUUAUCUCUAAGCAACCUUACAAUGCUCUCUGGGGACAACUAAUUGAUCUAUACGGCGCCGUCGGAUAUCCUGCCAAGACUGCGCAAACAGUAAUUACAGGAACAAACAAAAAUCACGUCAUAACAAAAAUCCUCAAUUCUCUUACAUACUUCAUUCGAUUCAAUACAGUAGAAAGAAAAAAUCUGGAGCGAGUUAACGUGGAUGCAGAAAAUAGUUAUGCUGAAAUGAUCUGCAGUAAUAACAAUUGCAUUCCGAAGGAGUACUAUAAAAGGUAUGAAGAUCAUUUGAAGGAAAUGUUGCCUGAUUGCGCUUCUAGUUCUUAUUUAAGUAAGAAAACCGAAGAAGCGUUUGAACCUCUUAGGAGGGGUAGUAGACUGAAUUUCAGUGAUGUAGAAGAUGAGAAACAUUCAAGUUUUUUGAAAUCAAUGAACCGUUUGAAAAAAGUAAAGACUCGAGUUAACCUCUCCGAAAUCGUUCUUAAAAAUGAAGUUGAUCCACACGCUGAAGGUUUUCAAGAUGAUGGCAGACUUUUGAGGAGAUUAUCUACAGUUUUGAGUGAGAACUUGAGAGAAGAGACAAUUGAGGAUGAGCCUAGUAAAGAAAAUUUAGAAAAAUUAAACACAUCCCAACUAGAGAAAAAGACUGAACUGGAGAAACAGGGUAAUUGUGAUAUAAAUCAAAAUAUCGUGAGAGAUAAAUCGAAUGUAAUUUUUGUACUGGGAGAAGAUGAAAAAUUGGUAGGGAUCAAAAAAGAAGAAGCUCAGACUGAGUUAAACAUUGCUUCAGGUGCCAAAAGAAAAGUCUCAACUACCAAGCGACCAUCUUCUCUUAGUUUAGUUAAAAUGUAUCCUGAGACAUCUAAAAGAACAGAAACCAAAUCAACCGAUUUUUCCAAAACGGAUAAGCGAUGUCUGAUAUCUAGCUCGUCAUUUGAGUCGCUUUGCCUAGAUGAAAAGAAAUAUAAUAUACAAAACACUGCUCCAAAAAAUGUUUUAAGAGCCCAAAGUGAGCCACCAGAAAACAAAAAAUUAACUAAUCCAAAAUAUCCGUAUUCACAAGUUAAAUUCAAUCUUCAACAAUAUCCACAGGUUGUUAAAAACUACAUGAAGAGCAAAAACAUUGAAUUAGAAGGAUUGUCAUUGGGGGAAAAGGUGUUUGACAAAUUUGCAACUGUUCAGCAUAAUGUCAGUUUAGAUUUUUCUGGAUACGAGAGCGAUUCUGAGCAGGUUGAAGGACUACAAACGCCAUCCAACGCUUCCGAAAUGGAGUUUACAACUGAUAUGUGCAUAGAAGUAGGAGGAGACAAAGCCAAAGAAGCAACUAAAGUAGAGUGUGUUGGAAGGAUGAUGAAGUUAAUCAGCAUUCCCAUGCCAAAAACAAUAACUAAAGAUGAAUUUGAACCAUCUGUUCCAUACCCAUCUACAGUAAUGAAAGGGCUUGUGGAAAACUACAUUCCAGAUAUGGUUUUACAAGGAACAACCAGUCGAAAAACUGAUUGGGAGUCUAAACUGAAGAGAAAUUUAACAGGUCACACUCAACAUUCCUUAUUAGAUCAACCUGUGGAGGAAUCUUUGGCUAUUGUAGCUAACAUUGAUGAUUGGGAAGUUCAACUAAUAUCUAGUCAUACAUACAUUAUUGACAAAGGGUCAAGUGGUGUUAGAAUUGGGAUGUCUCAGUUGGUGUCAAGUAUGCUUGAAUCUCUUUUGCAGAUGUGGAAGUCACACAUUCCUGCUCAACACUGUCUUCUCCAUUUGGAGCAAAAACUUCAGGAGCUGUGCUUAAGGUCUAGAGCUUUAGCUGAAGUGCUGUUGGCUAGCGAGUUCUGUAACAUCGAGCUGCUAACGUCAGCUCUAAAAGUGGAAGUUAACGAUGUGCCUCUAUUACUAGCUGUCGCUUCAACCCAUUCGCCUGAAGUUACGGAAAAAUAUGGAGUUAGCUUUCAGUAAUUCAAGCCCAGUUAUUAGCUUUGUUGUACAAAUUGUGAUUAACUGUUAUGUAAGGUUACUAUAAUAUUGUUAAAUACUAAAGAAAACGUUCUGAAUCUUAUAUAAUAACGAAUAUUUUUUAUCUGACUAGAAUAAGUUUUGUAAAUUAUUUUAAGUUACUUGUUUUAAGUAAUUUAUGUUGGAUUAUUCCAGGAUAUGUUUAAAGUUAAUUGUAAUAACAGUUGAGUGAGUGUCUCUUGUUAAAAGUUUUAUUAUAAUUUAUUUUGUAUUUAUAUUCGACCUUUAUAAUGUUCCUUCUGUCAUUUUAUGAUAGGGUAUAUCAAAGUUAUACGAAUCAAAUUAAAGAGAUCUGUUAUAUUGUUUAUAUUUUUUUAUUUGAAUAAAUGAAUGUUAAAAUA